CAGCCCUUUGGAAAUACGUUACCUCUCUUUGGAUCAAUGUAUCGUGCAAUAUAAGAUAGAGAUUACUUCAUAUAAGUAGAAAGUAAGAUGAUGUCUACGGCUGGUACCGGCGACAAAAAAGUAUUUUUCAAAUCUGUAAACGAAUCGAACCAUCAAAAGCUAGAGGAAGAGCAACCUUCGAUCUGCAGAAUCGGAGACAUGAGCACAACUAACAACAAAAUUGCGUUGCAUACACAAGGUCUAAUUGACAUUGGAAAACAAUGUGCCACGGAGAAUCCGUCGCAGUUGAACAGCGGCAUAGCUGCUCUGAAAAUAAUAGAAUUGUCUAAAAAGAUUAGAGAACUGUCUGCUGAGCUCACCAAAGAGAGAGCAAAGUGCCGUAAUCUAGCAGAGCAAUUAAGGUCAACUUUGGCGCAAAACAAAUUGAACGUGUCUGCUGCAGAGCAGUUGGAAAGUCGCACGUUACCGGAGGGUCUCGUUCGCCGUGUGGAGGAAAAUGAAGAGCUGAAAAAUGUCAAUUCAAAGUUGCAGCGAGUGGUUACAGUGUUCAAAGAACAAAUUUCAACACUUAAGUGGGAGAUCAAAACAGCGAAGAAGGUACUAGAACUGGAAACUGGUUUAACAAUACCAAAUCUUGGUAUUUGGUUGAGAUCAUUUAAUUCUCAACGCGAGCACGAAGACAUGGCGAUUGCAGAUAAAAAUCCUGCUUGGCGCGGAAGGCAACAGCAAAUACUUCUACUGAAAGCCAAGGUAAAAGCACUCGAAGAAAAGUUGCUGCGCUUUUCUACACGUAAUCCGACAGAGAAAAAGGAAGAUGAAGAGCUAUUGAAAGAACCCGAGUACGAACUUUCCGGUGCCACCUACCUAGACCUGGCUGACAUUUGUUUUCCGCUCACCGAAACAUGCUGUGAGACCACCAACAAUGUACCAGACGCAAAAGACAACAAUACUACGAGUAAAAAGCGCAGUAAUCCUAGCGUAAUCUAUGCGCUGGAAAAAGACAACGAGUUCUUAAAAGUAGAAAACACAAUGCUUAAGACGCGAGUAACCAACUUGAAAAAACAGGAGAGUAAUAUGUGCAAAAACGUAAGUGAAAUGAAAGAACAAAUGCAGUGUCUUUUGCAAAAGGGUACCCACGAUGACGAGCUAAUUCAGUCGCUAGUAAAAAAGCAUGAAAAACUGAAGACCGAAAUAGCAGAUUGUACAGUUAACUUGAAGACAAAAUCGGAAGAAAUAAUUAAGAAAAAUGAUGAAAUAUCCAGUCUAAAGGCGCAGCACCAAGACACCUUAAAAAGAUACGAGGAGAUCGUGAAGCAGAAAGAGGAGGCAGUUCAGCAACUGGGACGUCAACUUGCUCAAUUACGCACAAACACAAAGCAUUUGGAAUCGUCCAACACGUGCAUUCUGCAUAAUGACGAAACUAGUCUCCAUUUUGCAGACUCUUAUGCGGAUAAAGAAAACGCAAGCGUUGAGAAACAACUAGCGCUGGUUUUGAUAGAAAGAGAUGGAUUACGCAGGUUGGUUCAAUCAUUGCGUGAAGAGCAAGAAAAACUUCUCGAAAGAAUCCAGCAGCUAGAAAACGAAAGUGCCGGUUACAGCAGACAGCUCGGAAAUAAAAUCCCAUCUGCACGCAGCACGAAGACCUCAGGGAGUUCACAAUUGGCAUCAUCAGUGGACAGCAAAAAUGGUAUGGACGGACAAACACAAUUAUCGAGUCAGGAAUACCUCCAGAAGACCAUCUCAGGUCUGAGUGUUUCAGCCGCGAAAUUCGUAUCGAAGCGGAUGCGUUGUUUGCAGGAAGCGAUAAUUCGUUCAGAGGAUGAACUGUCCUCUAUGCGAUCAAUGGUGACUAAAUUGAAAGAUGCAAGGAAGGAAGAUUUCGCCAUAUUGUCUCAGAUUGUGGAGCAGCUCCGAACAAGUUGCUCGGAAGAAAAAUGUACAUGACAUUAAAUUUAUUUAGGCCAACAAAAUGCUUUUGACAUCAUGCGCAAUUCUUUUUAGCUCGAGUACUAAGUAUGGUGUGAAAUGCAAAGAGUAAGUUGAC